UCAUCACAGAAAGUGGAUAAAGCUGUCUUCCUCUUGGGUUUCUUCUGGCUUUAAAUCUGAAUGUGUUGUGUCCAGCUUGCCAUUUCAAACAAAGACAGUUUGACAUCACUAGAUGAAGUGGGGAUAAAAUUGGUUACUGGUUACUUCUAAAGUCAUGGCAGCAACUAUUGACCUGACUCACGAUGGCACUGUUUUGGUGGCCAUGGAGUCGACAGCUUGUGAUCCUCAUCACAUCGAGCUCCCUGAACUUUCUGGUGUUUCGUCCAUCACGUCACAGAACGAGUCUGUUGAUGGAUGUGAGCAGCAGCUUCGAGUAUUUCUCAGAGUUCGUCCUUUUAGUAAGGAGGAGCUCAAUAACAAUGAGGACCAGGGUUGUGUAGUGUUCGAGAGUGCAGAAACUGCAAUGCUUCAUGCCCCUAAAGGCUCUGCUACUAUGAAAUGCAGUGAAAAAGGCAUUGGGCAGCAGGUGCACAAGUUCAGCUUUACCAAGAUUUUUGGGCCAGAGUCGACUCAAGCGGAGUUCUUUGAUGGCACGAUCAGAUUGCAAGUUCAGGACUUUCUGCAUGGCAGAAAUGCACUGGUGUUCAGCUAUGGAGUAACCAACGCUGGGAAGACUCAUACUGUACAAGGUUCUACAAAAGACCCUGGUAUUUUGCCACGUGCUCUGGACACAGUGUUCCGCCAUAUCAAUGGGCGGAUGUAUUCACAUAUGGACCUGAGGCCGUACCUGAACUCGGAUGUGCAGAAACUGGAUCCUGAUCAGCUCCGGCUAGAGAGAGCUGCCAAGACUGCACUUUUCAGUAUGCUGAAAGAGGACUCAGAGUCUUCCAGAACCAGCAGGAGUCGGAGUUCCUCCUCCUCUUCAAUCAACAGUCUCUCAUUCUCUGGAGUCUCUUAUGAUCAAACAGUGGACAGUGCAGAGGGAGCGAUCAGUGAUGUGCAGUGUGUCUACUCUCUGUGGGUUGCUUACUACGAGAUCUACAAUGAGCAAGUGUACGACCUGCUGCAGCCUGCGCUCUCUAACAGAACAAAGAGGCGUGCUGCUUUGCGUUUGUGUGAAGACAGUGCUGGGAAUUCUUAUGUUAGAGAUCUGAGGUGGGUUCAUGUACAGAGUGCAGAAGAGGCAGCUAAGGUUUUACGUGUAGGGAACAAGAAUCGUAGUGCUGCAGCUACCAAAAUGAACCAGUCAUCCAGCAGAAGCCACAGCAUCUUUUCCAUCAAGCUCUUACGCAUUGAUGGCGCUGAUGUCCAAGGCAUAUCAGAGCUUUCUUUGUGUGACCUAGCGGGUUCGGAACGAUGCAAUAAGACACAAACGUUUGGGGAACGUCUAAAGGAAGCUGGAAACAUCAACAAUUCCCUGCUGAUUCUGGGAAAAUGCAUAGCAGGGCUCCGCAACAACCAAGGUGACAGGGCGAAGAACAGCUACAUUCCUUUUCGUGAAAGCAAACUGACCCGCCUUUUCCAGGGAGUGUUUUGUGGUCGUGGUAGAGCCUCCAUGAUUGUGAACAUUAAUCAGUGUGCUUCAACUUAUGAUGAGACUCUGCAUGUCAUGAAAUUCUCUGCUGUUGCCAAAGAGGUGGUCCAGGUGAUCCAACCUCGGUCUCUUGAGUGUCUAGCACCACGCUUGCUUGGUCGGGAUGGAAAGCCUUUGCUAAACAAUGGGGUGAUUGAUAGCCAGGCAGUGGAUGACUACUUGUCAGAGGAGGAGCUGUUGGACGGUGACGAAGAGGCAGAUAUGUCAAUAUUACCCCAGGAGGAGCUAUUAAACUUAGUGGAAAGUCUUCGGGCGAAGCUGAUGACUGAGAGGAAGAAAAAUCUGCUGCAGGAGAUUCAGAUCCGCAGAGAGAUGGGAGAUGCCAUGAUGCAGCAAAUCAUGGAGAUUGAGGAACUUCACAGUCGUCAGAUGGCAGACCUGAAGGAGAGUUACGAGGAGAAAAUGGACAGCACAUUUGAAAUGUAUAAAGAGGCGCUGAAGGAGCAUGCCUACCAGUGUGCGCUGGAACGGCUAGAAGAAGAAUACGUCCCACUAGAAGAGUUCACUGCUGAACAGGACCGAGCCAAGGAGCUUGAGAGGCGUGUGAAUGAAUUGGAACAGAAGCAACGUGGUACUGCAUUGGUUCUUCAGCAGGAAAACUCCACACAGACAGACCUGAUGCAACUAAACACUGAGGAGACCGAUUCUGAACGGUUCAAGCUUCUGUACAAGGAGAAAUGUGCUGUGGAACAGGUGUGCGCAGAAAAACAAGAGUUGAUUGUUUCACUUGAGAAGCGGAUCAAGGAGUUGAGUGAGACUCUCCAGGAAGCUGGAGAGAGCUACAUGGAGAAACUUGCUGAGGUUCAAAAUUUACAGAAUAGGCUCAAUUAUCAGGAGCGAGAAACUGAGCAUUUGCAAGGGGAGCUCACCGAGAGAGAGCUGGAGCUGCAUGGUGUAAAGGAGGACCUCGCCAAACUAACCCGUGACCCUGUAGGACAAUCUCGUCCGAAGAGGGGACUGCUGGUGAACAUCAAAGAAUCCAUGUCGUCCCCGUCCUCAGGAAAUCUCUGCCGCACAAUCAGAAAAUCAGUCCGCACUACGACAGCAUUGAGAAAAAAGCCCAACUAGUGGAGUGUGUAAAAUCUUUGCUCAAGCAGGUGUUUUAUUGUAAUUACUUAUUUGUUUAAUAAAUUCCUUUUUACCACAAA